CACAAGCUCUUUAUUGUUCUUAGCUUCUUCUUCACUCCACCAAAAAAAAUAAAAAUAAAAAGGACCUUUCCCUUGUCAAAGUCCCAAAGAUUUUUCAAAGUGGGUGUGCCUUAAUAGGGCCUUCUAGGCUGUGGCUUUUGCUUUGUCUCUGAAUUUUUGUUUAUUUUCUCCAUUAAAGUAUCCGUUUUUGAAGAAGGGGAAAAAAAAAAAAAACAACAACAACAAUGUUGGGGUGUUAUCAGCAACUUGCUGCUAGGCCAUCUUACCAAGACUCCCUUAAGAUUCUUGAGGCCGAUAUUCAACAUGCCAAUAUGCUGGCAGGUUCUAUUCCACGAGGCAAAGGAGGUAUUUCUCUUCGGAUGAAAUUGGUAUAUAAUAAACUAGCACCAAUUUUCAUGUUUUUGCGGCAAUGGAUGGACUGUUCUUCUUCAUGUCUAUUCUCUAGUUAUAUAAACCUCUUUUACAUUAUUGUACAUAAGGUCCGGUCAGAUGGGAGGCCAAAUGUUUCUUCGUAUGGAAGAAAAGCAACCAUUGGUGAAUUCUAUACUGUUAUACUACCGUCACUUAAGCGUCUCCAUUGUGAUUUGUCGGAGGACACGACUCACGAGAGGAGGAGUCACAACUUGGAGAUGGCGGUGAGGAAGAUCUCUGAUGCAGAUUUGGAGAGGGAAGAUGAAUGUGGGAUCUGCUUGGAGCCUUGUACCAAAAUGGUUUUGCCCAACUGCUGCCAUGCCAUGUGCAUCAAUUGCUACCAUGACUGGAACACAAGGUCAGAGUCCUGCCCAUUCUGCCGCGGAAGCUUAAAGAGAGUGAAUUCCGAGGAUUUAUGGGUCCUGACAUGUGGGAAUGAUGUGGUUGACACACAAAGUGCAUUGAAAGAGGAUGUUCAAAGGUUUUAUCUUUUCAUUAACAGCCUGCCUAAGGAUAUUCCUGAUGCUCUAUUCAUAAUGUAUUAUGAUUACUUAUUUUGAUCUAACAGCUCAUCAUGAAAAUUGGAUGUAUAGAAAGGGAGAAAAUUGCUCACCAUCACAUGUAUUUAGCGAGUAUGUUGGGGUCUUCAAAUUGUGAAACGUUUGUUACCACUCCAUGCAGUAUAUAAUAAAGAUUGUUUCUGUG